AUGCCGCAACGACCAGGCCAUGUUAUUGAACCGCCCUCCAACCAGACCCAUGCUGCAUCGCAUGUGUCUGAGGCAUUUGACGCCGUGGAUGGUCCGAAGAAUGACUCGUCGGCCGUCAAUGGUGUCGCCCUUCCAGCCAAUCCACCCGGGGCACAGACAGACAAUCAGUCGGAUGAGGUGCCCAUUCACUAUGUCAACAACGUGGCCUGGAGGCGACAUAAAACUGUUGCGGAAAAUGAACCGCUGGUCGACACCACAGCCGCCCUGGCAUCGCAUUCGAAGAAGACAGCCCGCCUUCAAAGACGACAGCAAAAGAGGCAGGCUCGAAAAGUGCAUUCCGACGUCCAAUCAUUCCUAGAUCUUCCACAGGAGCUGCUGUCCAUAAUACUGGGCUUCCUACAACCUAGUGACAUUUUCAACUUGCUUCGACUCAACCAGUCAAUGCGCGCGUUUAUUCUGAAUAACGAGCGAUCCAUCGCCGAGGAGAUCCUGAACCGUCGCUAUUGGAUCCUCAGGCAGUGCUUUCCUCCGCCUGUAUCACUCGACCAAGUUCCUUUGGUGGCUCGACCAGCGCUUAUGAGCGAGCAACGGCAGGGCAGGGGUCGAAUCCACAAGAUCCCAUAUCAACACAUCAAGCAGAUCGACCCGCUGAAUGUGUGUACGUGUAUGAGCUGCGUUCUUUCGUGGAACAAUCUCAACGUCAUUCUAGACCUUGCGCAAUGGCAGGAAAACCUGGAAAGCCGCGAACCAUUGCCAGUAAUCCCUCCUGGACGGAACCCGGACUGGAAUGUCAAGUUGCUGGAUCGACAUGCCGCGAUCGUUACGCAAGCGACCAAGAGUCCCCUCACCUAUGCACGGAUUCUGCAAAUACAUCUUGACACAACCAUUCGCACCAUCAUCCGUUUUGGAAAAUGGGAAAAGAAAGGAGCGAAGAUCACAAAACUAGAACCACGCCAGUAUCAGCUUACCGAUGCAGAAGCCGCGGCCGGAAUUGAUGAAUUCUUGGAUCGCAAGGGACCGCCCAGCUACCAGCCGCUGUAUAUGCGCGACAAUUAUUACACCGUCGGCGCCUUUGUGCCACACCGUAAGUGGGAUAGGGACGAGCAGAAGUGGCUUUACUAUGCGAAAUGGCCGCGUCCCCACGACAACGAUUUGAACUGGAUUGUCGCGAGAUUCGCACCAAAAUCAUAG